GCUAGCACCGUAUGAUUUUAGCUUCGUGCGAAUGCCUAUGCAUAUUCUAGCGUGUUGCAAAUAGCGUACGUACACGAAAUACCAAAGUAGUGUACGUUAUUUUGUGCUGGUGGGCAAUGGGGGUGAAGUGAUGCUGCUUCUUUGGCCAGUUCGUGUGUGCUCGCUUCUUGCGACGGCUGGGCAUGCAAAUUGCAGUUAGUUGUGCUGAUAACGCGUAACGAAUUACAUCUUCGCGUUAGCAGAAUUAUGUUAUGUAUAUAAAGUGUGAAAUUUCGUUCGACGAAAAUCGGGAAUAAAUUAAAAACUUGAACAAAAAGUGAAAAUUUACAUUUGAAUUAAUUAUUGGAUAUUGAUGGUAUUGAAGAUUAUGAAUUUAUAAAAUUUAUGCAGUGUGAUAAUUGUGCCGUCGGUGGUUUCAUAUCGUGAUCGGCUUACACAUUGGGUUGUUGCUUUUUUUCUCGUUUAUUCUUUUGCAAUUCGCUGCAUCGCCCGUGGGAUGGUUGCUCGCCGCUGCACUUGUAAUUGGAAUCUCAAUGUGAUGUUGGACGACUACAUCGUCAGUGUGCAUGCAUGAACUCAUAUCAGACCGACAUAAACUAUUUGACACUUAGCGUGGCAUAUAAUUUCACAAUGUUAAGAGAGCUGAGUUCUGCUAAGAGAUAUUUCUUUGGAUGAGGCAUUUCGACUAAAUGGAGAGAGUGGAGAACAAAUGCUUUAACAGGUAUGCAACAAAGUUUUUAAGUGUGCCAGCAGCUUGCCUUCGUUAACCUAGUUUUUGCAACAGUUGCGCUGCUGUGUAAAAAUACAACAACUAUAACAUAAAUAGCAAACACACACGCGCCCGAAGCCUCAAUAUUGUGUUGCUAAAAACAAAACGCUUCAAAUGCUGCGGCUCGUUGCUUUCAGGGAGUUCAAGUGAAUGCCGCAACAACGACGCUCUUACCCACGCAAGCAACCACACAUACACAUGUGCACAUUUACAACAGAAUCAAAAAAAUUCAAUUCAAACGAAAGUGCAAGUCGGGCCGCUGUAUGCAACGCAGGGAGCGGUGUUGCAGGCGAUCACCCUACUUCCACUUGAUAUCAACACGUAAAAAACAACAUAAACACAAAUCCGUUGUGGCGCUGCACCGAAAUUGCAUUGAAAAUUACAAAAAUUCGACAGUGUCUAACAAAGAGAAUUAAUCGAGGAGAAAAAAAUCCGGUUUCCAAUGCAGAAAGCGGCAGGAAACGUAAAAUCGAGAUUAACACUUAAAAGGAAUAGCUAGCACGUUGAAAGAACCAAAAAAUUGAAAAGGCUUCGGGAGCCAGAAAUGCACCUUAGCAAAGCAAAACGGCAACACAGAGUAGAGCAAGAAUAAAUACAACUCAGUCAAGUGAGAUUUUUUCACAGCAAAAAGUCAAUAAUAUAAGCACAUAGCUAAGCGAUAGUAACGGUUGUUUUAUCUAAAAGAAAAUAGAAUCGAAUGGCAUAUAAAGCGUACGACAUUGAAGUCAGUGAAAUGUGAAAGAGCCACUGACGUCAGUAGGCAGCACCAACUAUAAGAACAACAAAAAAAAAGCGCAAUCUGGAAGUGUAGCAAAUGCGGUUGCAAUGGAUUCAGUGCAAAACUAGUUCUAAAGCACUGUGACAGCACGUCACAACUCCGUUGUAAUAGAAAAAGUUUCGAAGCAAUCUUCUACAUUUUGAAAUUUUCUGCAGGUUUCUUCGCAACAAAGUGUAGAAUACUCGUACAUAUUUGUUUCAGUUUUCAAAGUGAAAAUUGAAAAGGGAGUAUCUGUACAAGCAAACCAAUGCGAAUUAGCAGAAAGAGAAAUCGAGAAUAGGAGUUUAUGGAAUUGACAGCUAAUGUUUUACGGUGCGUGCUCUUAUUUACUUGUGGCCACAAAGCGUAAAAUUGGCCUAUCAUUCGAUGCAUUGCAAGGACUAGCGACGUAAAGCGCUGUUACUUGCUGUUUUUGCUUUUGAAAAGUGUAAAUAUUGAAAAAAAACUCUUAAAUCGAUUAUUAUGGAAGUGACUAAAGUUUAUAAACCGUGCGUUCGGGGUCUCCAAAUGUCAAGGAGCAGUGCAACAUUGCAAUCAACAUGGCGUAAUUUGUUGCUGCUUGUCGGAAUAUUCUUCUUCAUACCAGACACCAGCACGGCGUUGAGCAAUGUGAGCGUGUCCAUACCGUCAGCCGUUAAACGUGGCGAUAACGCCAUCUUAAUCUGCAAUUACAACCUGGAAUAUGACAAUCUAUAUACAGUUAAAUGGUAUCGUGGACGUCGAGAGUUUUAUCGCUACACGCCGAAGGAGAAUCCAGCGUUGAAGAUAUUUCCGGCGAGUGGCGGAUAUACGGUUGACUUGGCCGAAUCGAACGCCACACAUGUUUUUAUCAGAAAUCCCACGUCUGGCAAAUAUACUUGCGAGGUUUCAGCCGACGCGCCAGCUUUCGACACAUUUUUUGUGUCUGGCGAAAUGGAAGUUGUAGAAUUACCGACACAACGUCCGGUUAUAACAGGGGUUCAUUCUCGUUAUCGACUCGGUGACAACAUCAAUGGCAACUGUUCAUCCGACUUCUCAAAACCGGCGGCAAAUCUAACUUGGUGGAUCAAUGAUAUGCAGGUGCCACCACAUUCAGUACGAAAAUUCGGCAUUCAACGUCAUUUUACGGAGAAUUUGGAAUCGGCGAUAGUGGAAAUAAAUUUUUUGGCCACAUUGCAACAUUUCAUCAAGGGACGCCUAAAGUUAAAAUGCUCUGCUCGCAUUUACGAUAUUUAUGUGCAGGAAGCUGAGAAGCUUAUCGAGGAAGAUCGUCCGCGCAUCUUGGCCUCGGGCCGUUCGCCAGAGCUGAAUAUGUAUCCAUUUGAUCACUUAUCGGAUACAGAAGGUUUCGAUGAGCAUAAUGAACUGUACUUGACACAUUAUAACAAUCAUCCCUCAGCAGGAACGGGUAGAAUGAAGAUUCCAUGUGAGUCGCAGCUUCUCAAAGUGGUCGUUGCCUCUCUGCUUAUCACCGCAGUCAAUAGCCUUUUCAAACCCACAAUUGAAGCGAUUGUUCAUGCAGCUGAAGGAAGUUAUUUGCAGAUUACAAGAACAAGCGCCGAGAAUGCCACCGAAAACCAAAUUGGUUUGCAGCACUGCCAAAAAAGCACAGCAGAAAUGCAUUUAAAAAUGAAAUGUGUCAAACAGAGUGAAGCAACACUGCGGCGAAUGGCGCUUAAAACGCGGUGAUAAGUGACAGUAAAAGCAUGAAAAAUAUUAGUUACAAAUAUACAUAAGCAACGAUAAAAAAUAUAUUUAAUAACUUAAACGAAAAGUAAGAAAGUAUUAUUACUAAUAUAAGAAAAACUUAAAAUAAGCUAAUUAAACAAACA